AUGCACAAGGAUGAAGUCGACCAAAACUUAAAACAACUCUCAAAGGAGUUGACGAACAAACAAACAAAAGAAGAAGCAAAAUUUACUCCUUCUUCAAAUAUUAAUGUAAAUCUUCCUCAUUUAUCGCUUCCUAUUCGAUGGAGACCCUAUUGGAGCAGUUUUAACGCAGCAGUCCACACACAAGCGAUUCUAGAAAUACAAAAAUUGAAUUACUUGUACUCAUGUCUCAAAGGAAAAGCUCUACAAGCAAUAUCUGGAUAUGAUAUAGCUCCAGAGAAUUAUGGAAUCAUCAGAAAACUGCUCAAUGAAAAAUAUGGCGAUCACUCAAUAGUAACAACAUUACUCUACAACGAACUCCAAUCAAUUAAACGAAAUGAAAGAGAAUGGAUUGGAACAACUGAAAACAUAGAACGAGUACUACGCCAGUUAGAAGCUCUAGGAGAAAGCCUCGAACAUUCAAAUAUUGAAAUCUUGAUCGAGAGCAAGUUGCCAUUAUGGAUUUUAAAUAAAAUAUAUAAACACAAGAAGAAGGACAUGCCUUGGUUAACCGAAACAGAAAUUCAAAUUAUGAGAAUAGCUCCAUUUGGUAUGAAAGAACCGAAAUCAUGUCCCACUGCUCGCAUACAACUAAAUGUGCUAACUACCGAAAGCGAAAUCAUACCACUACAAGCAAAUAUAAUUGAUUAUCUAACGAACGAAUUGCAGGUAGUGGAGACAUCAAAUGAAUUUCAAAUUCAAAAUUUAACAAAUUGUUGGAAAAAACCUGACGUAUUGAUUGGAGCUGAUUAUUUUUUCAAAUUUAUUAGUCUACGAGAAAUCAAGGAAUUAAGAUCAGGCAUAUGUUGGUUCAAUCAAAAGUUGGUCCUUAUAAUUGCUGGAAGUGGAGAUAUUGAGAAACUUUGUAAGAACGAAUUAUAUCCUAAAGAAGUAGUACAUUCUACAAACGCCAAUAUUAACUCGGAGCUAGAAAAUUUUUGGAAAUUAGAGACGAUUGGUAUCCAAGAAUCACCUCAAGAUGAUGAUGAUGAUUAUCAAGCUUUAAAGCAUUUCAAGCGGACCAUCAUCAAGCGGGCUGGAUAA